AGCAGCACAGCACACCCACCCUCAUCUUCAGCUCUGCCGAAGCACAAGCAGAAGCACCCACCCUCAUCUUGGUCUCUCUAUCCGUACGCCUCCCUCACCCCUCCCUUCACCGCCCGACACAUGGAGGCGAACCAGGAGAAGGCUCCGGGGACUGCCACCGGCGGCGACGCCCCGAGGCCGGUGCGAGCGGUGUGCGUCUUCUGCGGCAGCAGGCCUGGCAACCGGCCGUCCUUCAGCGCGGCCGCCCUCGACCUCGGGAAGCAACUGGUUGAGCGGCAGCUCGAUCUCGUCUACGGCGGCGGCAGCGGCGGCCUGAUGGGCCUCGUGUCCAAGGCCGUCCACGACGGCGGCCGCCACGUCCUCGGGGUCAUCCCUAGUGCUCUCCUGCCGGAAGAGGUGUCAGGGGAGACGUUGGGAGAGGUGAAAGUGGUCAGGGACAUGCAUGAGCGCAAGUCAGAAAUGGCAAAACACUCGGACGCCUUCAUCGCCCUGCCAGGCGGAUAUGGGACGAUCGAAGAGCUGCUGGAGAUCAUAACGUGGGCGCAGCUGGGGAUCCAUAACAAACCUGUGGGGCUGCUCAACGUGGACGGCUACUACAACAGCCUGCUUUCGCUGUUCGACAAGGGCGUCGAGGAGGGCUUCAUCGACGACGCGGCGCGCAACAUCUUCGUCCUCGCCGACAACGCCUCCGAGCUGCUCACCAAGCUCACGGCCCAUCUUGACGACGCCGGCGGCAGCGACGACCGCAACGGCAUGGCAGCCGCCGGCGUCAAGAGGAAAAGAGGCUAGCUGACUAGCUAGCGAGCAGCAGGUCCCUGCCCUUCGUCGUGUAGCUUCGUCUUCGUCAAGCUUACUAAGUUCUAUCUAUUGCUAGCUCUUAUUAAAUAAAUAAUCUUCUUCAUGCAUGUAAUAUCGAGCGUUCCCUAACCCUAAUAUUCCGUGGCAAGCACAAAGUAUGCAUGCUUCAAUGCUCCGUAAUUAAGCACAAGUGUACAAGCGUACGGGUGCUGGAGUUGUACCUUGCAGCGCAGCAAUCGUACCAUCGCGUUGUACUCUUCCCACCUAAUAUUUUAUGUCUUCUGGCUAC